AUGUUUGAACAACUAAAAGAAAUAAUAAGCAAUCAAAAUUCUUCACAAGAAGAAAAAGAAAUUGCUUUUUUGGAAAUUCAAAAAAACAAUAUUAGUACUAGGAAUUAUAAUGCACUUAGAGAAAACAUUACUUCUAUACGGGAAUACUGGUCUAACAUUACAACUGCUAGGUUAACCAAAAUUAUUAAAAAAAUAUUUAAUAUGAUUCCUUGCGAAUAUGAAACAUUAGAAAAUAUGCUUAAUGUUCUUGAUGAUCUUAUUUUAUGGGCUGAAAAGGAUAAUAAAAACUUACUUAGACUAGACCUUGAAUGUAAGAGAAUCUAUGUGUACAUUUUUUUAGGAAAAUAUCAUGACGCCCUUGUGAAAAUAAAAGAUAUUGCAAAAGAUCUUAAAAAAUUUGAUGAUAAAAAUAAUCUUAUAAGCCUUUAUGUCUACGAGUCUAAAGCCUUUUACAAGAUAAAAAAUCCAAAUCGUGCAAAAGCCAGUCUUACAGCUGCCAGAGCCUUAGCAGUUAGUACUUAUUGUUCGUAUGAACUACAAGCACAGAUUGAUCUUUUAAAUGGAAUGUAUUUAUGCGAUGAAAGAAAUUAUAAAAUAGCAUUUUCUUAUUUUUUAGAAGCAAUGGAAGGAUUUACAAUUGACAAAAAAUGCGAAUUUGCAUGUGUUUCUUUAAGAUAUUUAAUUCUUAGUAAAAUUAUAAGUAAAAAUCAAAAUGAAAUAGAAAUGCUGUUUAAAAAUAAAAAUGCUGCUCCUUAUUCGAAUGAUAAUUUAGUUAAGUUACUUAUAGAAAUUGGACAGUGUUGUACUGAUAGAAAUUUACGAAGAUAUCUUAGUCUUAUGGAAAAUAAUCGACAAAUACUUGAAAGUGAUGAAUUUCUUUUUUCUCACCUUGGAUACUUGUAUGAUAUUUUGUUAGAAAAUAAUAUUAUAAAAAUUAUUGAAUCUUAUUCUGUUGUUUAUUUAGAACUUAUUUCUAAAAAUUUAAAUUUUGAAGUAGAGAUAAUUGAAGAAAAAAUAAGAAAAAUGAUUUUAGAUGGAAAAAUUAAUGGAAUAUUAAAUCAUAGUGAUAUGUCACUUAUUUUAUACAAUAACAUAAAUGAACACGCAUUUGAAAAAGAUUGUUUAGUGCAAAUUGAAAAACUAAAAAAGAUUUGUCAAAUAAAUAAAAGCUAA